CAAAAGUCGUCACGGAUUCACAACAGCAAGAUGGCCGACGACGAGCAAGCUCCGACACUUGUGUCGGUUGGAAAGCCGGCUAAGCCACCGGCCAAGUCGCUUGGAAUGCGCAAGAAUGGAAAGCAAUGGCAUCCUCCCAAGAAGGCGUUUCGGCCGACUGCAGGUCUGACAACGUACGAGAAACGGCAAAAACAGCGCGCAGAGAUGGCACAAAUGAAAGCGAAAGAGAAGGAGUUGAAGGACGAGAAGGAAGAGCUGCGUCAACAACGCAUUCAAGCUAUUCGAGAGAAGCGAGCUAAGAAGGAAGAGAAGGAGAGAUACGAGAAGAUGGCCGAGAAGAUGCACCGAAAGCGAGUCGAGCGGUUGAAGCGCAAAGAGAAGCGCAAUAAGCUUCUCAAUUCAUGAGGGAACGGGGCAGCAGGGGCCGAUAUUGCGCAACAACGCACACGUCUAGGGUUGCGGAAAUGAAAAGCGACACUGCCACGAGGAGACGGGGCAGGGACGCAGAGGCCCUCGUUUCGUGGCAUUGGAAAAAGCUCUACGCGAGCUGCGCUUCGGACCUGUGAAUCUAGGUCAUCGACGAUGGCACUUGAUUCAAUGUGGCUUCGUGUCGCCAGCCGUAAAGUAGACGCGACUUGGCGCGCGGGCGACGAAACCUCCGCGAUACGAAACUUGGUUUCUUUUGCUGUUGGCAUGAGGGCGUUACGGAGCAUGGGGCUAAUGAUAUUGCCGUGUCUGGGGCUGCAUAGCCUCAGUGAUAGUUGUUGCAGGUCGAAAUUUAGCGUCAGAGAAUAAGCAAACCAUUGAGC